AUGACCCAGCACGCUCGCCCAAACCUGCAGUCCAAAGGCGGUCGAGAUGUCCUCGACAUCAUUGACUCCCUGCGGUCUCAAGGAAUCAGCCAGUACAUUGACCUGCCGCAAAUCAUCGUAUGCGGCGAUCAAUCCUCUGGAAAAAGCUCUGUUCUGGAAGCUAUAUCAGGACUGGCCUUCCCAACAAAGGAUGCGUUGUGCACGAGAUUUGCAACUGAGCUGGUCCUUCGUCGAUCGUCGGAAAGGGAUCAACCAGAGCUGAAAGUGUCCAUCAUCCCGGGGAAGGACCGCUCUGCUGACGAGCGCCAAAAGAUCGAGGAAUUCGGCGCAAAUAUUAAAGAGCUGAAUCUUGAUGAAAUCAUUGAUGAAGCCAUGGGCGUGAUGGGACUGACUGGCACAGACAGGGUGUUCUGCACUGAUAUUCUCCGUGUGGAAGUCGCGUCUCCUGACCAGCCACACCUCACUUUGGUAGAUCUUCCUGGUUUGUUUAUGGCAGGCAAUAAGGAUCAAUCUCUCGAGGAUGCCAAACUUGUGGAAUCUCUGGUUCUGUCUUACAUGCAGCAACCGCGGAGCAUCAUACUUGCUGUCGUUGCUGCAAAAAGCGAGUUUGCGCUCCAGCAGGUCACUCAACGGGCAAGGGAGGUGGACGUUAACGGAGACCGUACGCUCGGGCUCAUCACCAAGCCUGACACCCUAGAUGUGGGAUCGGAGAGUGAGAAGGCAUACCUGGAGCUCGCACAGAACAAGGAUGUGAAGUUCCGUCUCGGUUGGCAUGUUGUGAGGAAUCGGGACUUCAACAUGCGGAACGCCACGAAUGCGGAGCGUGAUAUUGCGGAGAAAGCUUUUUUCUCCCAGAGAGUUUGGACUUCUCUCAGCCCGAAGCAAGUCGGCGUGGAUGCAUUGCGGACUCGACUAAGUCGGGUCUUGCAGGAUCACAUCAUGUCCCAUCUGCCUCGUGUGCUUGACGACAUUCAAAGUGGAGUGGCGGAUUGUGACGCAGCACUUGAAAAGCUUGGUCAGGCCAGAGAGAGUGUUGCUGAACAGCGCCGUUAUCUCUUCUCCCUCAGCCAGGCAUUUGUCGCUUUAGUCAAGUGUGCUGUCGAUGGUGAUUACUCCGAUCGCCGUUUCUUUGGAGUGUCCAAUACGCCAAACGGUAAUAAAAGAAGGCUCCGUGCCCAGAUACAAAAUUCUUUGAGCGACUUUGCCAUGUCUAUGCGGCUUCGGGGGCAUUCCAAAACCAUUGUGGAAGACGAACAACCCACGGCCAAAUCACCUUCGGCAAAUACUUUGAGCGAUUUUGUCACGUCCAUGCGGCUUCGAGGGCAUUCCAAAACUAUCGUAGAAGAUGAACUUUCCUGGACAAAAUCACCUUCGGAAUCGGAUGCGCUCCGACCGCGGAAAGUUCCUCGCCUCGAAUUUGUCCAAGACGUCAACACUCUGCUAAGAGGUAACAGAGGCCGUGAGCUCCCCGGAACUUUCAAUCCAUUAGUGGUUGGAGAAUUGUUCAGCGCCCAAUGUGAACCGUGGGCAAGGAUCGCCAAAGAACAUGUAGAAACGGUGUCUGGCUACGCGAGGGCGACACUCAUCACAAUUCUGCAGCAUGUUGCGGAUACCGAGACUGCUGCAAGACUUAUCGCCAGUCUAUUGAACCCUGCCUUUACUGUUCUCGAAAGUACCGUCGAGAAUAAGAUGCUAGAACUUCUACAGCCACACACAAAUGGUCACCCGAUCACCUAUAAUCAUUAUCUGUCAGAAAGCAUUCAGAAAGCGCAAAGCGAGAGACACAAUUCCAAAAUAUGCAAGGCUUUCAAGACAUAUGCGGACCCAACCUCGACGUUUUAUCAAUCUGUGGCGCCAGCACAGCUUUACUCUGCUAUAAAGAAGGCAACGGAACCGAACAUGGAAAAUGACGCUGCAAUGCUUGCUAUUGACACUAUGGAAGCGUAUUACAAAGUGGCAUUGAAGAAAUUCGUUGAUGACGUUAGUGUUCUUGCCAUUGAACAAUGCCUAGUCCAGAAACUUGCCUCGAUCUUUUCGUCUGAUGUUAUAUGUGAUCUUACAGACGAACAAGUUGGGAUGCUGGCAGGUGAGAGCGCCGACAUGUCCAUCGAACGAAGCCGUAUGACCGAGAAGCGGAAGCUAUUGCAGGAGGGCUUGACCCAGCUGGGGAAACUUAAUAAUACAGCUAUUGCUCCCCUUUGA